AUGUUAUUCCCACCUACAGCCUCCAAGUCAAUGGGCCUGGGCAAGCCCAUGCCCAAGCCCAAGGUGACCAACCUGGAGUUCUACUUCCACGACACGUUCAGCGGGCGCAACCCGACGGCCGUGCCCAUAGCGCGCCCGAAGAAACAAUUCAGCACCCUCUUUGGCACGCUCGUGAUGAUCGACGACCCGCUCACCGAGGGCCCGGACAUUGGGUCCAAAGCCGUGGGCCGGGCCCAGGGGAUGUAUGGCGGGUCGGACCUUGAAACCAUGUCCCUUACCAUGGCCCUUAACUUUGUGUUCAACGAAGACGGCAGCACGUUGAGCAUGUUGGGCCGCAACCCCGUCAUGGAAAAGGUGAGAGAGAUGCCGAUUAUUGGAGGUACCGGAAAGUUCCUGAUGGCCAAUGGCUUCGCGCUCGCCAGCACCGUCAGCGCAAAUGCCCAAGGGGACGCCGUUGUUCACUACAACGUUACCGUCUUCCAGUAUUGA